AUGCCUGCACAAACUGUCCAGAAUCCCUCAGCACUCAUUGGCAACGUUCCGGUCCUCAAUGGAAAUUCUGUGACCUUUCCAGCCUGGCGUACCCAACUUGAAGACCUCCUUGCGAUUCAGGGGGUGCACGACAUUGUCACUGGAAAGCUUUCUCAACCUGAAACUGACUAUAAGGACGCUAAACCAGUAGCCUAA